AUGUCGCGAGUUACACCUUCUCUGCCCCUCAAGGCACGUGUCACACCAUUGGCCUUCCAACUGCAAGCUCGCCGAACGUUCGCCGCCUCGAGCAUACAUCGAGACCAGGUUGAGAAGGAACCCGCAACGUUGAAGACGCCCCGAACAGAAGCUCGCGGGAGACCUCUCAAUCAUGCACAGAAACGUUUCCUUGAGUCUGCCUUGCGUGUAAAUCAUGCCGGCGAGCUCGCUGCGACCCUGAUCUACACCUCGCAAACACCACCCAUCGUCAAGGCACAUCCUCAUCUCCGACCUCUGAUGAAGCACAUGUAUGAUCAAGAAGCCGGCCAUUUCACCAAGUUCAACGAACUGUUGGCGAAGCACCGCAUAAGACCGACCGCAAUGUAUCCCAUGUGGCAGGCUGCGGCAACAGUUCUUGGCUGGAGUACAGGGGUGAUGGGUAGAGAGGCUGCAAUGGCUUGCACCGAGGCUGUGGAGACGGAGAUUGGUGAUCAUUACAACAAUCAGGUCAGAGAGCUGUUGAGUUGGUUCAAGGACAUGGAGGAGAGAGGAGAGGAGCCGGGCGAGGAGUUGAGAGAGUUGGUAACGGACAUUAGGAGAAUCCGAGAUGAGGAGCUGGAGCAUCUUGAUCACGCGGUGGAGAACGAUGCAAAGGAGGCGAAUCCGUAUGAGCUCCUGACAGGAGUCAUCCGAGCGGGAUGCAGAGGUGCGAUCUGGGUGAGCGAGAGGGUCUGA